GCUCUUGCCCAAGAGUCAAGAAUAUCGACGGCCAGCGGAAUGGGAUUCUAACAGCAACCACUUAAUCCAGUUCGAUUCUUACAUCCUCAGCAGAAGAUGUAAGAAUUAUGAAGUGUAUCGGAAAUGAAAUGAAAAUUCGUGUAUGAGCGUAUGCAAACAUGAUCCGACAAGCGGACACGAUAGUUAGAAUUCUCGCAGCAGGCACGACAAGAAAUGAUGCGGAAUCGGAUCGGAUGUCGAUGGAGCGAUGCGGGGUCUGUGACAAAAGUCUGAUGAGCUUUGGCCAGCAUCGGCAGCAACUUGCAAACGAGCCUGGUCUUCGAGGGGCAACCUUGGAAAGCAGAAGGAUGCGGGCCAUUUCGAGACCUCAGCAGUCCAGACGACGAGCGCAUGCCUCCCACAGCGUUGAUGGACUUCGAGCCAUCCAUAUGACGACAUCCAAGAAAGCCAGGGACCAGCACCUGUCCUGACUCCAUCUUCGUUCUACGUUCGAAGGGUAAAAGGAGGCAGGACGUAGAAAUUAAUCCGCAGGCAUCGGCCGAAUGCACGUUCUGCGCGCCAGCCAAAAAUUACUAUAUUCAUUGGGUCAGAGGUGGACUCGACAGGUACCCAACAAAGAAGGAGGCCGAAAUCGGAGGGCGGAAUCGGAUGUUGCCCCCAUUCAAUCCGAGCGGAAGAGGACAAGGAAAAGAAACAGUUGGCCGACGAGACGCGAGAGUCUCUCUCACUGUGGAUCCACUGCCGGUCCAGUUCCGUACUACGGAGGCAGAGAAUCUGAGACCUUUGAACAGUGGGUGAACUGGCGUCAUGCAGGUUUCAUGCAGGGCGAACUGGGUUCGGUGCUUCUGCUGCUCGGCCUUUGUGAGCAGAGGUAGACCGAACGGACCUCUCGUCCACUUCGGGUCGUUCUGGCAGCGAUUUGCUUCGCACAAAGCUCACAUUGUGUGUCAUUUGUUGGAGUCGCUCUUUUGCUUGCUGGGUGGUUGAAUGUCGAGCUCUAUGGCAAGGUCUCCACCAUCGCUAGCUCUCGAGGAAUUUUGUGGAUUGAGAAUCGUAAGUAAACGAAGCUGUUGGUUUUCCAGCGAAGGGCGCUGAAGCGGAUCGGGCAAAAGGGUAAUUUUAACAGAAUCGCGGCGAGUCGAAACCGGACGCGAGAUUUUAUUUUUUUCCAUACGACAGGAUCCGAAUCUUGUGCACCGGUAAUCUGUCGACAAAUUGCCUGAUUUUUUGGCUCAUCACGAGAGGCUUGAGGAUGGGUGUCAUUACGAGAGGUUGGUGAUCUUGAGCUGGGAAGUGUUUUGGAGCGUGGUGCGAGGUCACAGGUUUUCCAACAUCCGCGUUCGUCCGGUACAACAGGAGGAGAUUUGCAAGUCAUAUCUGGAAGCAAUGGAUUCGCUCAACGCGACCGGUCAUGCAAUUUUUCUGGAGCUGAACGAGAAAAUACAAGGAUUGGAACCGUCAUGGCGAGAGUGGGCCGUAGGGAUGUUGAGGCCUAUUGCUGCUUUAGCAGUAGUAGCGGUUGCAAUGGUUCUUUCUUACUCGCAGAAGCUGGGUUUAGAGAAAGAAAUGAUCUACUCCAUCGCGAGGGCCUUUAUUCAGCUGUCAGCAAUUGGGUUCGUUUUAGAGUUCAUCUUCAACCAAGCGAACGUGGCAUGGAUCUUCCUGGCCUACGUGAUAAUGGUUACGGUUGCAGGUUACACCGCAGGUCAGCGAGCACGCAACGUACCAAACGGGGCCUAUGUUGCAGGACUGUCUAUAUUUCUGGGAACGGCUUUGACCAUGGCAUUGCUCGUCGUUUUGAAAGUGUUUCCCUUCACUCCUCGCUACAUUAUUCCAGUCGCUGGGAUGAUGGUCGGCAAUGCCAUGACUGUGACAGGAGUGACACUGAAGCGAAUGAGAGAAGACUUGCGGCUUCAGCAAGGGAUGAUAGAGACAGCAUUGGCUCUUGGUGCAACGCCCCGACAGGCAACUGUCAAACAAGUGAGAAGGGCGCUGGUGGUUGGUUUGUCACCGGUGCUUGACAAUGCUAAGACAGUAGGGCUGAUCUCACUACCGGGAGCUAUGACAGGUCUCAUCAUGGGUGGUGCAUCACCCACUGAAGCCAUUCAGCUGCAGAUUGUCGUGAUGAAUAUGUUGUUGGGAGCAUCCACGUUCAGUGGAGUUCUAGCUACAUAUCUGAGCUGGCCCUUCUUCUUCACCAGCACGUAUCAGCUCCAGACGAAAGUGUUGAGAGACGAAUAGCUAGCUCACGUAACAGGCAGCCAGAGCACAAAUCGUGGAGAUGUGCUGGCAUCGUCCUGAAACAAAAGCUGGAUGCUACACCCAACCAAGCUUCGAAUUUCCAGCAAUUGCUCCACAUAAGCCUUUGCGUUCAUAGAACAUGGACGAAUUGUCUUCCAUGACCACAGGCGGUGUAAAUCUGGUACCAUACAUAAACGUGAUUGUAUCAUAGUAGCUUGGGGUUCGCUUAUGAGGCGGAGGAUCUGCAAGACGAAGUUGAUAGAGCCGAGGCUUUCGAUUUCCUGCCCCCUGCCGCAGUCGGUCACGUUUAUGAAUGUUUUGGCCGCUGUGGAGAUGGAUAGUUCAGACAGAGUACAUAUAUAGCAGAAUUUUAUUCUAAGGAGUUUGAAAAUCGCCUACAUUCGUACAGCUAUUCACAUCGAACCAAGCCAACUCUGACAUCGUGUCCUCCAAAGCCCACUCGUGAAGGGAUGCCGGAACUCUCUACUCAAGGACAGGACGCUACCUGUUGACUCGUGUAAACUAGAGGACGGUCACGUCUGAGUCGUCUAGUGCAUAGGUCAGGGCCUUCGGCUUUAAAUUUCGAGUUUCAGAUCCGGUUCUCAGUUUGCCCGGCACCCAUCAGUUGAACACAUCUUUAUAGAACUGAAACAUUUGUUGACAAUUCUCGUGUUUAAGCGCCAUCAUUGACCAAAUAAAGGACGAGUUC